AAAAGCCUGAAACCCUUGCUUUGCCCCCCGGUUCGUAGCCUUAAACCCUACUUCGAAGAGCGGAAGCUCGUCGCUUUCGACGCCCCAAUCCCCACAGAGAAGAAGAAAGAUGGCGUCCUCCAUCGCCUCCUCUUUCUUUCGCCGCACCCUCCGUCUCUCUCGAACCUCCUCUCUCUUCUGCCGCCAUCGCCAGCCGCGCUUCUACUCCUCUCUCCCCUUCUCUCCCUCCUCCUCCCCUCUGAUCCGGGGAGCGAUUCCCCAAAGCUUCAGGCAACUCCCUUCCGUCCUCUCCUUUCGGUUCGCCUCCUCCAAGGUGUCGGCGGAUGCGAAUCUCAAACGAGUUCUCGAUUCCGAGAUCGAUUGCGUCGUGCAAUCGGAUCCUCACGAACAGGAAUUUGAUUUGCCAGAUGGGUUUCCCUUUGAGAUCAUUGAUAAUCCUGGGGACCAGACAAUCAUCCUUAAACGAGAAUUUGCAGGUGAGAACAUCCAAGUCACCGUUUUCAUGAAUUUAGAUGCAGAGGGAGAUUUUAAUGAGAAUGAUGAAGAUGGGAGUGAGGAUGAGAACAGUGACAGCUCUUUCCAGCCAACCAUCUCUCUGGUUGUAUCUAUUGAAAAAGGAGAGGGUCCGUUCUUGGAAUUUUGCUGCAACCUUAAUGGUGAUGAGCUUGAAAUAGAAAGCAUGGUCAUGAAGAAACGUGAUGCUCUUGAUGAUCAGGGUGCUUAUCAAGGGCCUCAGUUUUCGGAUUUGGAUGAGAAUUUGCAGAAGGCCUUGCACAAGUAUCUUGAAGAGAGGGGUGUCAAGGGCUCCCUAUUUGGUUUCUUGCAUUCGUACAUGAUGAACAAGGAUGAGAAGGAGUACCUAGUAUGGUUGAAGAACAUGAAGGAAUUCAUUGAGAAUUGAGCAUUUCAUCAAUUUUAUGUUUAGAUGAGUUGAGGAAAGUUUUGGGAUAUACUUCUCAAAAGAUGUAGUGAUUCUUAAACUAUUUGAUUCUUGGAAAAUUGUACCGUUUAUUUAGAAAUGUGGUUCUCAUCAGAGUUUAACUUAAAUGAGUUAGUUUUAUCUUAGUUUCUCACGAUUUACCGAGA